AUGAAGGACAAGGCCGCAUUAGAAGCGAGACUCGAUGAGAUAGAAAGCAAAACUUAUUGGACUCUGGACGAGAAAGAUGAACGCGAUAAAAUCAUCGAAACGCUAGAUCCCGGCUCUGAAAACUUCUAUGGAAACCUGUACAGGAACAGUCAGCUCAAAGACGAGGAGAAGGCAUACCCCGUCUACCGACACCUGCUGGACACGAGGAAGGCUACCAAGCAGAAGCUGUGGCAGGCACUUUGGGAGGACAUCCCAAAAGAGCAUCGGGCCGGCUUGUCGCCCAAAACUCCCUUUGCAAAAUCUUGCGGACGCGCCUGGUCCACGAAACCCUCCCAGCGGCACAAUGGGACGGUUUUGUCGCGCAUGCUGGAUGCAUCCAGGGCUGAGAAGAUGUGUGAGUCCCUGACUAUUUGCAGCGGCUACAGCUGCAACGAUGGUGGCUGUGAGCUCUUCGCCGGCUCCGAUUUGUCCAGUGGAGAGGGCUAUGACACUUAUGUGAAGGAUAUGCCACACACAACUAAACAGGCAUACCUUGCCACCCUAUGCCCAUGGUUCAUGGACUGGCACUUGGUGGAAGAGGGAGGCGUCUAUGGCGUCUACCAUCCCACUCACAGGCUCACCUUCGCCGGGUCCUGCAACGUCACCCGAGAGUAUGAAAUUGCGCAGUGUGCGGAACAACAGGGCAGGGUCCAGGCUAGUUGCCAUACAUUCGGGGCCUGGCUGCAAGGUGCCCAGAUUCGACUUUCCAGGAUGCAGAAAGAGAAGGCCAUUGCCAGCCUUGAUGCCAAGAACAGAAACGCAUACCAGCAGGAGCGCGACAAGCGGUGGCUUGCAGAGAACACGGCUCAGUACAAAGUCGAGCUCGCGCAGAAGGCUGCGGAAGCAAGAAACCCACCGUUCUCUGUGUGGGGCAUUGUCUCAACCAUAGGUUCUCUUGCAGGUCCAUUGGCCAGUCUUGUCGGUGUUGGAACGAAGGCCACCGAGCCUAUGCAAAAAGGGGUGGAAGUUGCCUUUGGACUGAUUGAAGCUAUUGGUGUUACCGGUGAAAAGUACUCCGCAGGCAGAGGAUAUGGGGAGUUCGAAGAUGAGCAACACGAACAGGAAUAUUUCGAAGCUGUCAGCGAACAGGUUACAAAGUUUGAGGAGGCGCGCUUGGAAGCCGACACAGCACUCCUCCAUGCUCAGCUGGACUUUGCGAAGGAGACCCUGGGCGCAGUGGGUUCUGAGAUCAGCGCUGCUCAAACUGGAACAGACGCCUUGUGUGACUUCUUCGACUUCUCCAUCUGCAAUUUGCUGGAGCUUAUCGGCAAGCGUGCCGCCGAUCAAGCCAACUUCUUGGCUGGUCUGUCGGACAAGGAUCAGAAGCAGCGUUUCGACGAAUUGAGGAAGGGCAUCAAGAACGAGACAGAGGCUAUUCGAAAAGACAUUCAGGGCGUGCAAGAAGCAAUUGAGAAGGGCAUGGAUCAGAUCUCCAACCUGACGACACCUCUCAAGCAUGCAAUGUCAGACAUGGGAGCGAGCUUGAAGAGCUCCGUUGACGCAGUGGCCACUCAAGUCAAUCAGGCCGUGGGGAAGGUCUCUAGUGACGUGCUUCGGAGUCUGGAGGACUCACGCCGGCUGCUGGAUUCCAAAGUCGGUAACAUUGAAGCAGCGCUGACAAGCAUGGACAAGUCCACCACAGAGGCUAUUCAGCGAACCCAGGCCAAGCUCACUUCUGAAAUCAAGGACGUGCAGGCCGCUGUGCUCGAUGGAAGCCAACGAGUCCUCGAUGGCAUGGAAGACAAAAUGACCCUGAUGCGACUUGAGAUGAAGAGUUUCGAGUCGUCACUCAGCGACGAUCUCUGGGAUGUGCAACAAUAUCAGGGGGUCUUGGGAGACAUGAUUGUCGGUAACGCCAUGCGCCUGGAUGAGUUGCAAUCUGCGGUGGAUGGCGCACUCGCUUUGGCAGAGGAGCAUCAGCUUGAGAGCUUCCAAGCGCGGCUCUCUGAAGUAUUGGUGGACAUGAGGUCUGCGCUUGUCACUGCGCUUGAUCUUGAAGAGCAGGCCUUUGCGGCCAAGCUUGCCUACGGCAGGGCUGUUCAGCACUACUCUCAGUGCAAGGUUCCGUGGGAAGAGGUCCUGGAAAAACAGGCGAGCAUGAACAGUUCACAGGUCCUCAAGGAGCCCCAGCAGUUCUUUGAUCUGCAGGCGAAGGCGGCUGCAUCCUUUGUGAAAGCAGCGCAGAUCCUGUCUGCCGGGCGGGUGAUUCGCCGCUUGAUCGAGAAAGGCAUCUUGGAGCUGCUGCCUGCAGGGCUGAAGCAAGAUGACUUCACAGUCUGUCGUGAGUACUUCUCCCCACGUGGUCUUCAGAAAGUCGGUGAAGCGAUCCAAUUCAGUGCCAGCAGAGCAUUAACGUCGGUGUCGAGGCAACUUGAGUAUCUGCACAGUCUUUGGAUCAGGACAAAGCAGGUUUCAGCAAGGAACGGUGCGGCGAUUGGCCAUGAAACCACCUUGCUCACUCAGGAGGCCUGGGCAAACAUUGUCUCGACAAUGUCAACGGUGGCCAGGGUCUUCGAGAUGCCAGUCGCCGACAAGCUCCUCUACCGCAAGAUCCUGGCACAAACACUUCCGGAGCUUUGCUCAUUGCCGACGAGCUGUGUCUCCGCCAUUGUGCAAUUAGCACCGUCGAGUCCGACGACAUCUCUGGUGGCGUGGGAUCGUGUAAAAUUGGACCAUGGGGGUGAGCUCCUUGUGGUGCUCGAAAGGGCAGAGGCGCUGCUCCUGGAAGAGGGCGUGCAUUCCGGCUGGGAGAUUGACGUGCGAAAGCCCAUCCCGGCAAAGUUGCAGAAUGUCAACAGCCUUUUGAACUCCCGAGUCUUUGGCUGCAAGCUUGACAAGAAUGCAGAUGGUUACACUGCAUUCCGACCGCGCGACUCGAUUGCUCUGUCAAUGCCUGACAGAGCCUUUUGUUUCUGUGCCGCCAGAGUGAGCUCCCGGGGAGUUGUUGACCCGGAGUGCCAACGCCACAGCAGCGGCAUUUGUGCGCAGGCCUCAAAUGUUGCACUGGACUUGUGGUCCCCCGUGCACAAACCUCUGUUUCUUGAGGUCUUCAAGCCUUGGCAGGCCAGGUUCGAAAGGCUCAUUCUGGUGACGCGUUGCGGAGACGGAGUUCAGGAUUCCUGGGAGGCUUGUGAUGACGGCAACCAGAUGGAUGGAGACGGCUGCUCCUCCAAUUGCAAGAAGAUCAGCCCCGGCUUCACGUGCACGAAGCCUGGCGAGGCUUGCGUUACCACAUGUGGAGAUGGAAUCCUUGCCGGUGCGGAAAACUGUGACGACGGCAAUCUCGAUGCCGGUGAUGGCUGCUCGCCGACCUGCUCACUUGAGAUGUGCUAUCGCAAGAGUUUUCCUGCCGCCUUCCGGCGGUUCCCUGCCACGCAGCACAUCAUCGGCGAAGGCCUUUUCGUCGACCUGGCCACCCCCGUGCUCCAUCAGCCACGAGGCGCUUUGCGUGCUGGCGUGCCAGUCUUGGCUGGCUCGGCUUCUUGUGCCGAGCUUCAAUGCCCGAGUGGCUGCGUGGACCGGGAUUGGAAGGAAGCUCUCCUUUGCAACGGACCCUGCGGCUCCGAAGAUGUGCAGCGCUGCUGCACGUGCAACUCCGAGCCAAGCUCGGGCAGCUCAGGGAGCGACGCGUCCUUGGAUCUGCAGCCCUGCUUCUCCUGCGAGGUGGGAGCAGCAGGAAGCAGCCCAAGUGGUGCAGAAAUCCAGGAAAGCUGUCGGGGCAGCCGGGCCUACGUCUUUGCCAAGUUCACGGGCGAAAAGUUGGUGGUGCGGCAUGACGUGGUACUCCCAAGCUCCACAUCCUUUGCAGAUGCGCUCCAGGGCUCCACGGGCCGCGCUGCCUCCGUUUUGUCCGGGAUUUCGCUUCGCAGGUCCAAGCUGGGCUCCCGAGGCUUCUUUGGGCUGUAUUGCCCGGGAUCGGCAGAUGACGACUGUCAGAUGUGGCAGGUUGGUCUUGAGGCCAAUCUUUCUGACUGGGAGGGCUUCGGAGCUUCUCCGCUGGGCGGCGCAGCGACGGCUGCUGCUGCAGAGGGAGACGUCUUUGCGAUUUACAAGGUCCCGCAUCAUGAAAGACUAUGGGAAUGCCCAAAGGGGCAAGCGGCUGAUUGCGGCGAUGGCAUGGUCUCGGGAUCAGAAGAGUGCGAUGCUGGGAAAGAUAUAGCGGGCUGCAGCAAGUGCAAUGUCUUACCGGGCUGGAGCUGUGACUCUACUGGUUCCUGUUCGCCUCUCUGUGGGGACGGCAAAGUGGAGGGCAAUGAGAUCUGUGAUGACGGCACAGACAAUCCUUGGGGCGGAUGCAGCAAUGAUUGUCAAUAUCGCACACAUCUUAGCUAUGUCAGCUAUUCCAACAGUUGCUUUGGAGAGGAUGUCGGGUCGCAGCAGACACGCAUCCAAGUUGACGCCGCCAGUCCCGACGCUUGCAAAGAGAGCUGCUCAACAAACCAGGAUUGCACAGCAUGUGAGUUCUUCCCAUCCGGAUGGAAGGGGAAGCACUGCUAUCACUUCAUGGGUAAGAUUAUUUCCAGUCUUGGGUCAGGGCCAAAGUGGAACUCAGCACAGUGCUUCGUGAAGGUCAAGUAUGCGCUCUUCACGGAAGGCGUGGAGUCCUUGUCCACCGCGGGAGCCUUGGCGAACUUCUGCGAGAAGAAAGGCUUCGAGCCCGUCUCUGUCAGCGCCGAAGAGGUAAGAGUCAUCGAGCAGUCCCUGAAGGAGCUUGGUCAACCAGUCAAAGACAACCGUGGAGUGCCCAUUGCUUGGGCCAGCAACGGCGGAGACGACUUCUACGAUCUUGCAGCUUGGGCAAAGUGUGCUUUGCGAAGAGAGAUCGGUAUUUACAACGACCACAACGACGACUUCCACAACGACGACUUCCACAACAACGACCGUUGUGUUUCGACCUGGCAAGCGGAGAUCCGGCGGAUGAAUAUCCACCCCAUGAACACUGGUCGUCUCGGAGCAGAUGGCAGCUCAGUUGGCGCUGUGGCCACAAAGUCAUGGGAUUCGCAGCGUGCGGGCUACAUGAAGCUUGAAGGUGGACUGCCUCGAGAAGUCUUGUCAGCGGACGCAAUCUCGGUGGAAAUCAUGUUCAAGUUGAAAGAGAUGCCAAACAUUGACCAUGCACUGAUCUUCGGCACGACCGACAAAACUUCGCCGAGUCAACUCAACCAGUUCCUCGUCACUGUGCGCUCCCAUUGGUGCGAGCCGAAUUUAAUCUUCCUUGGCAACGGCUUCUACCAUCAAAUGACCGGUGCAAAUCCGAGGCGGGACGGGGUGUGCGACAACAAGUGGCAUCGCCUUGUGGUGACGAUCAAGCGGAGCUCCAGGGAGGCCUACCUCUAUGUCGAUGGGCGAAUUGUGGCGCAGAACCGGCACAUGAACAACGUAGGGGGGACUACCAAGUUCCACGACGGUUUCAUCGUGGGCACCGGCAGCAAAGACUGUGGGGUAUGGUGCAGAGGCCAGCCGGGCUUUCGUCAGAAAGCUCAGUUUGCCCACCUGCUCUUCUACACCAGAGCCCUGACGAAAGAUGAAGCUGGGCUGAGU